AACAUAGGUGCAAAGUGGAAAAUGUCAAGUGCAUCAUAUGAACCAGUGGAGAGGGCCCAUCACUUUACUGUACAGGUAGGCCACAACUUGUACAUGUGGGGUGGGAGGCAGUCUGAUCUUCCUGAAGUACACAGUAAUGAGAAGAAGAAAGCAAUGUGUUCUGUAGUGGAGGUGUGCAAUUUAAAGAGUGGUAGGUGGAAACGAAAACCUACCACUAGUGACCCUCCACUUGGUGUCCGUUCCUAUGCUGCUGCUGUCAUUAGAAAUGAAAUAUUCUUUUUCGGAGGCUGGUGUGGUCAUGAUGACUGUUAUCAUAAUAGUUUGUUCAGUUUUAAUAUUGAUACCUUAAAUUGGAAGGAACUGUCUCCUACUACAUCGCGUCAUGGUCCUAUGAUGAGGGUCCAAUGUGGUAUGACUGCAGUAAGAUUUAGUGAUGAAGACUGUCUUGCUGUAAUUGGAGGCUUUGGACCAUGUUGUAAUAAUACCCCACCACAACCUGGUGCCCAGUACAAUAAUGGUCGAUGCAACGAAGUACAUUUGUACAAAUUAAAAACUGGUGAAUGGACUUCACCAACCGUCACUGGAGAUAGACCACCUCCUAUUGAUGCAUUCACCUUAACAUCAAUAAAUAAUACCACUGCUAUAUUGUUUGGUGGUAGUAGUGGUGAUAAAAAGACUAAGGACGUAUAUAUAUUAGAAUUUACUGACACAUCAGUGAAUUGUACAAAGUUUUCUAAACCUGGAAGAUUUGUACGUUGGCCUAAGGGGAGGUGGGGUCAUUCUAGUGUAUUAAUCAACUGUAGCUCAGGACCACACCUGCUAGUGGUGGGUGGAUCUCAUACCAAAGACUGUUGGUUGUUGAAUGUAAGCAAAAUGGAAUGGAAAGAACUAAAUAUACCAGACAGUGUCACUAAUAGAUAUUAUCAUUCUCUCUCAGUUUGGAAUGAGACACAGACCACUCACUGGAUAAUUGAGUUUGGAGGAUUGAAAGGUGAUUCAAUACUCAGUAAUACGGCAUUUAUUGAAACUAUAUCUCGUGAUGAUUUGGUAGUGCAAUCAGUACUGGACAUUAAUGAAUAUCAGAAGAGAAGAGUACUGGAGGGACUUGAACCAGAUAAAGAUAUUCUGGACAAGAAGCCCCGAAAAGAUGACCUCCUUAGACUAUUCCAAAGUUCUGAUUCCCAUUUUUCAACUAUUGGUACUGCACUUGGUGUGAAAGUGGAUGACCUUAUGCAUAGUCCAAUGUCAGCCUCUGAUAAGCUGAUACUUGUAUUUCAGAGAUGGAUAGACUCCAAUAAUGACGUGACCUGGAGGAAGGUCCUGCAAGUUUGUAAUGAUUAUCCAGACCAACUUGGAAAAGCCAAAGCUCAUGUGAAAGGAUUUCUGAGCCUGUGAUAACUAUUAGCCUUUUCCUGUAUGACUCUUAUUAUUAAUGAUACUAGUUUUUAUGUCCUUUCAGAAAUAAUUAUUUUUAAUUUAAUUUUUAUAAUAGAUGACAAAAUUGUCUCUCAUAUUUAAAA